UUUUCCUCUAUGCUUUUUCCAAUUUCAUUUUCUUUUUAGAUUUUAAUUUCUUCAAAUUCAAACCAUGGGUGGUGUUGCUGUUCUUCAUCCUCAAGAUUCCCUCAAGGAUCAUUCUUCCCCCAUCAAAUCUAAUCGGACGAUUAAGUUUAAUCAUACUUAUACCAAUACCCCUUCCCAGAUCCCUAAUUUCAUAGUAUCCGAUAGCCGGAGACGAACGCCGCCUACCAAAGGAACACGUAAGAAGAACGAACGAAAUACAGAGACGGUUGAAACGUCUGCCGCCAUGGCUUCUAAGACAGUCGUCAUAGGACAGGUUAAGUUAUUGAAACGUGGCGAAGCUUUGAACCAAUCCUCGUCACCGAAUCGGUUGGAACCGGAUCCGAAGAUGCCGUCGAAGCCGAUGAAGAAUAAGACAACAGAAUUCUUCGCCGGAUCCGCGUUUGCCGACUCACCCCCUCCGAGCUCCGUUCCGUUGCCUGGGUUUUUCACAAAGAAUUUUGUUGCAGCCGCGAGUGUCGAUCCCACCACCGACCUCCGACGAAUCCUUGGUUUGAGCCUGUCUUAGAAUCCGAUAUACAGUUAAGUUUCCUAAUCAUCGAUUGCAACAAAUUCGCUUCAGUUGCCACAAUAAUUUUGAGUGGCGAAGUUGGAAUUUGGUAAGCAAAUGCUUUGUUGUUAGUCUAUUAGAGUUAGGCUUAACAGUAGGGUUUGUUUGUUGUGGGUGUGGGUGUUGUUCAUAUGAAUCGAUUGGGGAAACUAGGGUUAGGGUUUGAUGGUGUGAUGGUCAAUAUGUUUGAAGGGAGUCAAGUAGUUUUUUAUGUGUAAUUAAGGCUAAUGUGUAAUUACCAUUACUUGUAAUUUAAUUUAACAUGUAUUUUGCUUUGUUCAAA